UGUUAAGCGCAAGCUACAUGAUGACUGGGUUGUGAAAGUUAAGUAUAUUUCUGACCUAAAUUGUUUUGGAUCCUGCUCCUCAGACAGCAUUCAUUCAUUUGUUUUGGAUAACAUAAAACGACUAGAGGACAAUUUACCUGUAAAGGAAUUUUCUGUCCCUAGAGGGGUCAAUGCCUUCACAUACUGUGGAAAAGCAAAAGUCAUUGUCACUGGGGGCCAUGACAAACUGCUUCGUCUGUGGCAUCCUGCUAUUAAUAGCAGGCCCACAGGGAAGCUAUCAGGACAUCGACAUAGUGUUGUGGAAAUUGUGACAAAUGAAAAAGAUCAACAUGUCAUUAGCCUUUCCUCUGCAAAGAUUUUUAGAGUGUGGGAUAUACAGACCCUUUCACUGCUGCAGGUCUUCCACGAUAAUCAAGGGAGUCCUGGAGAGAUGGAGACCUUCACCAUGGUAUUUGACAAUGAUCAUGGCACGCUUAUCACCGGUUCAGCUGUUAUUGACAUUUAUCCCCUAACUCAUAUGAUACAAGAUGCGAGACAGGUGCCACAGACACAUGAGAAAAGCAUCAAUGUUCUGGUUUACAACAGGGCUUUUCACCAAAUUCUCACUAUCUGCUCUGCGUCAAUAGUGAAGGUCUGGGACCUAGAAACAGGAUAUCAAAUAUAUCAGAUUGAAGAUGCACAUGGACUGAAUACUGAAGUGGUCUGUGCAGCCAUUGAAAUAAAUGGUUUUUAUCUUGCUACUGGGGGAUGUGAUGGAACAGUGAAAAUUUGGGAGUUUGAAAGUGCACAGGAAGUUAAAGCCUUGCCUUUGGCCCAGCACAGCAAAGAUGAGUGUCGUCUGCUGAAGAUGGUUUAUCUGAAGGCUAAUGAAAGUCAACAUGCACUUCUUGUUUUGGAGCAGAGUGGGAAGAUGAAAAUCAUUCAGGGUAACUCAGUACAAACCUAUCUAUAUGUCACAUGGGUGCUUCCUGAAGCAGUGUCAUUUCCACGAAGGAAUCCAGUUGUGUCUCUGUCACUGAAGCCUGACACCUUGCAAACAAGUAAUUUUUUUCCGGAUAUUCAGCUGCCGUCUGACACCAGUUCUCUAAGGAAUGAAACAGAGAAUUUUGUACCUUCUGUGGAAAUGAAGUGUUUUGAUGUUUUAAAAGUAGAAGGAUGCAGUUUGAUAGCUACAGGAAGUGCAAAUGGUGCAAUAAUUUUGUGGGAUUUUGAAUCUGCCUCUGUGAGAUGCCUCUGUAAACUUAAUGAAGACAGCCAGGCUUCAGUUCUUCAAGCAUCUGGGGUCAAUGCCAUGUUAUUCCUUGUACAUAGCGCUUUCUUUUCCAGUUCCCUGCCCUCUACUACUGCUACUGUGAGAAGUGAUAUCAGUGCCCUUCCAGAGCACAAGAGCAGUUCUUUGAACCUGCAUAAGGAAAAUGUAAGAAGUGAUGAAAUUAUUACUGAAAUAACAACAGCAGAAGACACAACUAGGUAUAAGAAUAUCCAGUGCUUGAAGAUGAACGUACAGUUAUCCAAAGCUGUAGCAGGACACUCACCAAUACUGGCUUCUGCUCAUGAAAAUGGCUGUAUCUGCCUAUGGAGUAUUCAGGGAAACUUAGUGAAAGAACUUAUGCCAUUUUCAAAAUAUGCUUCAGUUCCUCUGACAGCACUAUGUACAGACAUCUCCACUAAAAUGCUUUUGGCAGGCAGUAAGGAGGGACAUAUUAUGCGCUGGAGCAUUGCCUCAUUCUUAGAAGACCCACAAAAUAAUAAAAAUCUAAUAAAGGAGGAGCUCUGCUGGAGGGCACACUCUAAGGAAGUGGUUGACUUAUUUCAUGAAGAGGAGAAAAAUGUGGUAGUGACAGCAUCCAUUGAUGGUUCAGUCAGGCUCUGGCAUGCCACAAACGGAUACUAUCUUGGUUACUUUGGACAACGUAGGAAGUUUGAAUUAUCAGAUAUCAGUUGGUUAAUUUUGCCUUGUGAUGUUAAUAACUUUCCUACUAUAAUUAAAGAGGAAAGCAAGCAUAUGGAAAAGAAGAACUUUGAAUAUCCUCUAAUGCUGGACAGGGACAAGUGGAAGUCACUGACGAGAUCACCUUCAGUUUUAAAAAAGCCUAAACAUGUGGACAUAAUUCAGGACUUGAAGUUUUUCAAAGCUCUCACUUCUCCAAAGAUCCAUAGACAACCUGUGGAAAAUUUUGAGUCUGGAAACAGAGAGGCUGGUGCAGUAUUUGGGUUUCUUCCUAUAUAUGAGGUCUUCAGUGGAACAAAGCUGAGAUGUCCAGUCCCACUGGAUGGACAAUAG